AUGCCGAAAAGAAGACUGUGUAUCCAGAUGUCCGGCGCCCCGGGUUCCGGCAAAAGCACGACGGCAAAAGCUCUCGCCGGGCCCCUCGACGCCGUGAUUCUCGACUUGGACGUCAUCAAAACCUCGCUGCUGGACAAGAACGUUCCUUUCCAACAGGCGGCGACGCUCUCCUACUCCAUCCUAUGGGCCCUUUCCGGCGACGUCCUCAAGCAGGGCCGGAACCUCAUCAUCGACUGCACUUGCAACUACGAAGAAGUCAUCAACCGGGGAAGGGCAUUGGCCGCAGAGAGCGGCUUCGAGUAUUGGUACGUCGAGUGCAGGCCCGAGGUCGACAUACGGGUUUUGGACGAGAGGCUGCGUAGCCGACAGUCGAUGAGAAGCCAGCGGACGGGUGUGGAACGACCACCGGUUGAUGCCGCGGUUUCUCAAGAUGCCAGACAGCAGGAGUCCCUGUUUCGGAGAUGGAUCGAGAGCCCGUACCGGCCGAAGAACAACGUCAUUAUUGUCGAUUCCUCACAAAGCUGUGAGCUGUGCCGAGACCAAAUCAUGGAAGCAAUGGAGACAAAGUGGCACGAGUCACGGUAUGAAGGGUAGC